AUGAAUGACAAACGUUUGGUUAUCCAACUUGUCAAUGGUCUACCGGAGGAAUACAACACUGUUGCUUCCUUCAUACAACAGUCUAUGCCCACCUAUGAUGCUGCUCGUUCACAACUACGCACUGAAGAAAUACGACGUGCUCAACAAACCACCAUGAUAUCUUCCACUGCCCUAGCAGCCACUGGAAACAAUUCUUCUCAAUACCAUCACCGAACUAGCAACGGAAAAAGACCUGUCAACCCUGCAAACUCCGGUCCUCUUCUGCCAACCCCAGGAUACUCUCGCCAGCCCAGUGCACCUCGCCAGCCCAGUGCGCCACGCGGCCCAGUGUACCCAGCUAACCCAGCAUCCUGGAUGCCAUACUGGGCUCAACCUCCAUGCCCGUACCCAACUGCUCCACUUUGGCAGCCCACUGCACCACCUCGAGGCCCAUCUGCUGGACGUCCUCGUCAAGCCCAGCAGCGACGCUCUUCAAUUCUUGGACAGGCCCAUGCGUACGCUGUGCCUUCAGUUGAAACACUACAGCCCAGUGAUUUUGCGGAAGCCUACAGUUCAUUGAGCUUACAGCCACCAUAUGAAACGUUCUACAUGGACACUGGUGCGACAUCCCAUAUCACCGUGGAUCCAGGAUUUGAAUUCGAGGACGAUCCUUCUUCGCUGUGA